GUUCGAUCACUGUCCCAUGUCUCUAUGACUCGAAACAUAUAAACCAUGUGAAAUACAUGUGUAAGGGAUAUCUUUGGGCCUCCUGCUCUUAUGAAGUUAAAACAAACAAACCAAGCAGUUCAGGAAAGUUUUCGAUCUCUGAUGACAAAAAACAAAGAGUCUUCACUGUGACUAUAAAUGACCUGACUGAUAAGGACACUGAAUAUUACUGGUGUGCUGUGGAGAUUAAUGAAGGAGCAGAUCUCAAAGAGUAUUUCCACCUGUCAGUCACUGGAGGUACACCCAAUCUCUACGUGGAUCAGCAAGAGAUUACAGGAUUUAAAGGAGAUAGCAUAAACAUCAAGUGUCACUAUCAAAACUCUGGAGAAAGGAAGUGGUGCAGGUUCGGCGGCUGCUGUGUGAAAAAGUCUGGAUUAAUAGAUGGAACAAGAGUCGAGAUCAGUGCACUCAGCCCUGGUGUUCUCACUGUGACUCUGAGAGGACUGAGGACAGAGAGCAGCGGCUGGUAUCUGUGCGUUCAAGGAGACUUACAGAUGCCAGUGCACAUAACUGUUACUGAAAAACCUACAACUAUUGCAGCAACGAGACAAAUCACCACCUUCACACCCACCUCCAAACCUCUGAAUCACACCUCUAGUACUGCAGAACAAAGACUUUCCACUGUUGAGGUUGAGCAGCAAAGUGUUUCAGUAAAUUUGAUGGUCUUUAUCAUCCCGCUGAGCUCGCUGAUCUUCAUUGUAACGGUUGCCUCGUUCAUCUGCUUAAUGUUCAAAAGACACAAGCAGACCACAGGAGAUUCACCGGCCACAAUAAUGGGUAAAGAGGAAGUAGCAUACAGUACUGUUAAGCAAAGGAGAAAGACUUCAGGCCAACUUCAUCGCGCUGAAGAGGAAGUAACAUACAGCGAUGUUAAACAAAGGAAACCUACUGACAAGUGGUCGGAUGCUAAUAGAGAUGUUGAUGUGAUGUACUCUGAUGUGAUAUACUCAUCUGUGGAAAAAAGGAAGUACAGCAUCAGUUCGUACAUGUUGUUGGCCCGCUCACACUCUGACAUGGCUGUUCAUCUCGGAUUCCUUCUCAUUUUGACCGGACUCACAGGAAUUCAUAGCAUAACUACAGUCAGUCAAGUGUCAGUGAGAGCUGGAGGUUCGAUCACUAUCCCAUGUCUCUAUGAGUCAAAGUACACAAACCAUGUGAAAUACUUGUGUAAAGGAUACUAUUGGAACUCCUGCUCUUACGCGAUUAAAACGAACCAACACAAUUCAAGAAAGUUUUCCAUCUCUGAUGACAAAAAACAAAGAGUCUUCACUGUGACUAUAAAAGGCCUGACUGGAGAGGACACUAAUUAUUACUGGUGUGCUGUGGAGAUUAAUGAUGGAGCAGAUGUCAAAGAGUAUUUCCACCUGUCAGUCACUGGAGGUACACCCAGUCUCUACGUGGCUCAGCAAGAGAUUACAGGAUUUAAAGGAGAUAACAUAAACAUCAAGUGUCACUAUCAAAACUCUGGAGAAAGGAAGUGGUGCAGGCUCGGCGGCUCCUGUGUGACAAAGUCUGGAUUAAUAGAUGGAACAAGAGUCGACAUCAGUGCACGCAACGAUGGUGUUCUCAAUGUGACUCUGAGCGGACUGAGGGCAGAGAGCAGCGGCUGGUAUUGGUGUGUUAAAGGAGACUUACAGAUGCCAGUGCACAUAACUGUUACUGAGAAACCCCCCACUAGUAAGUGUUAUAAGUCAUUGAAUUUUCAAAUGCAACAAUCUUUGUGUUGAUUUGAGUGAGAAUAUUAACAUUCUAUUUUGCGUGUCACAGGGGUAAUAGCUCAGGGUGUCACACAAGGUCAGGAACC